AUGUGCAUGGCGCUGAAAAGUCUCGAAGAAGAAAAGACCAGAUACACCUUAUAUCAAGAUAAAGCAAUAAAAAGUGAAGGGGACUUAAAACAAGAAAUUGUUAAGCUUGGGAAGGAAAAUAACGACCUUUGUUCAGCAAACCUGGAAAAUAAGCAGUUCGUUACUGAAACCGAACAUGUCGUUAAAGAAGAUAACUACAAUAAAACAAAAUUUUUUGACAAGAAGCUAGAGCAAAAGAAAAGUGAUGAUCUUGGCGCAGCAAACCCGGAAAAUAAGCAGGAUGUUGCUGAGUUAGGAAAAGCCGUGAAAGACGAUAGCGACCACGAAGCAAAAUCUUUUCGAUCGGGAGACGAGUUCAAGCAGGAGGAGAGUGAGAAGCUCAGCCCAGCAAACCAGGAAAAUGAGUAUCAAGUUACCGAAUUGGAAAUCGCCCUGAGAAACGAUAACGACCAGAAAACGAAAUCUUCUCAAGUGGAGGAGAAAGUCAAGCAGGUGAGCCGCAAUUUUUUUGCGGAAAGCAUUUGCAAUUUUGCGGCAGUAAUGAUGACCAAAGAACUAGGGAAAAAACUCUUUCAGAAGAAAAGUAAUGAUGUUCGGUCAUCAACUCAGGAAAAUGAGCCUCACUCUGCUGAAUUGAAAGACGCCGCGAAACACGAUGAGGAUUUCAAAGCAAAUUCUUCUGAAGUAGACCAAGAGCUUAAGCAGACAUUAGGAGAGCUAGAAAAGAUGAAAAACGAAUAUGCGGCUUAUGAAAGUGAAGUGUCAAAAAAGAAAGAUGAAUUUCAAAAGAGUAUCUUCAAGCUUCAGAAGGAAAGAGACGAUCUUUGUUUAAAAAGUCAAAAAAAUCAGCAGCGUGUUGUUGCCCAAAACGCGGUAGGUAACGAAGUAAAGAGUGCUGAAGCAAAGGAGGAGCUUAAGAAGCGUGACGAGGAGAGCAAAAAGAAUGGCGGUUUGCUGAGGGAAGGAAAAGUGACAUACUUGAAGGUUUGUUAG